GCUGAGGUGCAAAGGGUUUUUGUGGAUUACAGUGGUGGUAAAGACCUGAGUUCCUCCAGCUCCUACCUAUUUUCAGCUGACCAGAAAGGCGAGGAUGGUGGAUGCUUUCUGUGCCACCUGGAAGCUGACAGACAGUCAGAAUUUUGAUGAAUACAUGAAGGCUUUGGGUGUGGGCUUUGCCACCAGGCAAGUGGGAAAUGUGACCAAACCAACAGUGAUAAUCAGUCAGGAAGGAGGCAAAGUGGUGAUCAGGACCCAGUGCACCUUCAAGAACACAGAGAUCAGUUUCCAGCUGGGAGAAGAGUUUGAGGAAACCAGCAUAGAUGACAGGAACUGUAAGUCUGUUGUUCGGCUGGAUGGAGACAAACUUAUCCAUGUUCAGAAAUGGGAUGGCAAAGAAACAGACUGCGUAAGAGAAAUUAAGGAUGGCAAAAUGGUUGUGACUCUUACCUUUGGCGAUGUUGUUGCGGUACGCUGUUAUGAAAAGGCAUAGAGAAGAUGACGGUUCUCUGGAAGUUCAGUUUGCUGGAGUCUCAGAGUUCGCCAUCUACUGUAGCUCUGGUCACUCAUUAGACAUUAGAUGGUCAUGCUUGUUGUGGAAGCAGAAAAUUAUAACUUAAAGAUGUGCUACUCCAAGCAGCUCAUAGAAUUUUAAUAUGCAAUCUACCCUGUUUUGUAAUUUGCUACAAUUUUAUAAUAACUUUUUAUAAAGAUGGGAACACACAUUGUUAUUUUCUUUGGAAUGCAAACCCAAUUGGAAUAAAAAGUAUACACAUAUAAAAA